AUGGAGGUGGUGGCACCACCAAAGCGACGGGGAAAGCAAAGCCCCAACAUCCACACGCGCCAGGCCGUCAUCCUCUGGCUGCAGGAAACGUACGGGGUGGUGCCCAACUCGGGCCUGUCCACGCCCAAGGAGGACGUCUACAAGGACUACGCGCAAAUGUGUGCGAGGGACGGCAAGUCGGCGAUGGCACGCGCCACCUUCGGCAAGAUUUUGCACGUACCGCUGAGCGACGACGACGAAAGCAACAGCUCGGACGGCCAGCGGCAGACCGACUCCCCGGACUACCCGUCGGCCGGCCACCACUCCGGCGGCGGCGGCGGCAGCGCGCUCGACAGCUAUCCCGGGUACAGCUUGGGGUCUUCCAUGAGCCUCUCUCGGCCCGCAGCGCUGUCGUCGCAGUCGCCCGGGUCUUCCUCUUCGCUCUCCCCUUCGUUCGCAUCGCCUUCCAUGGCCGGGGGAGGAAGCGCGGCGACCAUCGGCGCCUCUCCCUCUCCGCCACCGAGCCCCAUCCACCUCUCCACUUCGCUCCCGCCACUUCCGGUCUACCAUCCUCCCUUCAACCCCUAUCCCUCCGCCAUGCACGGCGGCUACCCCGGCUCGUUCGCGCCAUCAUCGUCGGCCUCGGCCUAUCUGAUGGCCGCCUCUCCGUCGGCAGCCCCUUCCUCGUCACUCUUCCACCCGAUCUCAUCACCUCUGCAGCACCGACGAGCUCCCUCGCCGCCUCCGCACUCCUAUCCGUCGCCGUAUCAUCAACACCUCGGCUCGGGCUACCUUCGGCCCACCACGGCUCUGCAGGAGCCCGCACGAGCGCCUGCGCCCAGCGGCUGGAGCUCGCACGUGGACAGUCUGCUUUAUGACACGAGCGGUGGUUCUGGCGUCACCGGUGCACGGGACUGUGGCUCUGCCGAGCAGCUGUCCCACUACCCCAACAACAGCCAUCACCAACAGCUCCAGCAGCCUAAUCACCUUUCGCCCACUUCAACUUCGCCUGCGGGCAACCUGCCAUGCCACUACCAGUCCCUCACGCCGAGCUUGGCCUCCGGGCCGUCGCCGUCUUCAUCAGGUCCGACCUCGUCGUCUUCUUUCUUUUCGUCGCUCAGGCCCUCUCCCGAAUCCCUGCCGCCCUUUCCACCACCUCACCACCUCCACCGCCAUGGCGCACCUUGA